CUUACCAUUUUGUCCCCGACGUCGAAUAUCAAUCAAAUCACGUUGUGUCAGGGAACUCUGAUGAAAGCGACGUUUUGGACAUACAUAUAGGGUUAGUUUUGGGCAUACGUCUAUUAUAAACAGGAGCAGAUAUCAACUUUUCCAAUUACCUAAAUUAUCUUUCUAACGUGUAUAGAGGAUGCAAUUACUCAAAAAAAUAUAUGUACAACUAUUUUCCCGUGUGUACGAAUACAAUUCAAUUUUGUUAUAGGAAAAUUCCACGAUUCUCCAUAAUUUAAGCCGCCUUAUGUUGAUUUUUAGAUGCAUUGAAAUGAAUAAGCAAAUACUGAAUAUCACUGAGCUCUUAAUAUAUAUAUAUAUAUAUAUGAUGAGAAUGACCACCAAAACGAAGACAUCAAGUAAACAACGAUGAGCGUCACUACUUCUCUCAUCUCUUCUUUGAGGUCUUCCUCUCUCCUCGGAACCAAAGUGGUCACACCAAGAAGCGUUGUUCUUUCACGGCGGCUAUUGUCCACAUCCUAUGUUCCUGCUACCAAAGCUGCAUUGCCGUCGCGGGCCAACAACGUUGUUCCCAAAACGCCUGCGUAUGAGAUCGUCUCCAGCUUCUACACCGCCAUUAACAGCAAUGAUUUAUCCUCUGCUAGGGACCUCAUUGCCCAGGACUGCGUCUACGAAGAUCUCAUUUUCUCAUCUCCCUUCGUUGGCCGAACGGCAAUUCUAGAGUUUUUCGGAAAGUUCAUAGAUGCAACUAGUACGGACAUGCAGUUUGUGAUAGAUGACAUUUCGAAAGAAGACUCCUCAGCUGUUGGAGUUUCGUGGCAUCUUGAAUGGAAGGGAAAAAAUUUUCCAUUUAGCAAAAGUUGCAGCUUUUACCGGUUAGAGGUUAUUGAUGGCAAGAAACAAAUUGUAUAUGUAAGGGACUGCGUCGAGCCUGCAAUUAAACCCGGAGAAAGUGUUAUUGCUGCUGUCAAAGGAGUUGCCUGGCUGCUCAGGAAAUUUCCUCAAAUUGCUGAUCGUUUCUGAUGGAAUUAUGAUGCGGCUUGCUUAAUAAAUUCUUACAAAAUAAAUAUUACGAACGACUAUAAUCUUGCUUGAUCUUCAUCUACAAUUUUCUUUUACAUACCAUUAAGUUGGUACG